AUGGUCGAAUACACUCCCCCGCCAGCCGACCUCUCGAGGCUCAAUUUCGUCCAACGUUACAUGCAGAAAGGCUCUCUAGAUUGGUCCGACUAUGGGUACCUCAUUCUCGUGGUCCUUGCCUACCUCGCCGUUCGCCCGGCACUACAGCGAUGGGUCAUAGGGAAGUCGGAAGAAGAAGAGCAGGGCGUUCUCGAACGAGCCUCGUACCAGGAACGAAGGGCAAAGGUCGGCGCGAACGCCAUACGUGGCGGCAAGGCAGAGCCAGAAGACCUCUUGACUGCGGAUGAGACAACCACUUCAGGAGCAAAUGUCACGCAGAGUAGCGAGGGCGCAGUCGUGAACAGGAAAGCCAAGGGUGUAAAAUUUGCAGGCCCGAAAUCAGAAACAGAGAAGCUGGUAGACUGGGACGACGAGCCUGGGCGGACGGCGGUCGAAGGCGACAAAUCCGAUGUUAUGGCGUGGCUCGACAAAUGGGACAAGUGA